AUGCAGCCCGAUGAACAGGCCACUGGCCUCCACCACAAAGGCCAGCCGCCUGUUGCUGAUGCCGAUGCCGUGGCGAAACCGGAGUCGAGUGCAGUGCCUUCGGAGGCAAGCACGGUAACCGAGUCACUGAUGGAUUCUCCUCCCCCAAAUGGAGGCCGCCUCGCCUGGCUACAGGUUGCUGCCAGUUUCGCCUGCUAUUGGAACACACUCGGUGUGUUGAACAUGUAUGGCGCUUUUCAGGCGUUUUACGAGCGGGAUCUCUUGCGCAACAGGUCGCCCUCAGAUAUCUCCUGGAUCGGCUCUACGCAGAACUUCUGUCUCAUGGCCGUCGGUGUUCUGAUCGGGCCGUUGUUUGACGCCGGAUACUUUCGGUCUCUCUUGGUAAUCGGGGCAUUCCUGGUCACCUUCGGAUUCAUGAUGACGAGCUUGUGCACGACGUACUGGCAGGUGAUGCUGGCACAGGGGAUAUGCUUGGGCCUCGGAACAUGCUGCCUCACCAUACCCUCGAUCGCGCUUGUUCCCAUGUGGUUCACUGGCCACCGGAGGACCUGGUCUAUGGCUACAGCCACGAUUGGUAGCUGUCUGGGUGCUACUGUGAACCCUUUGCUGUUCGCUGCUCUGCAACCGCGCAUCGGCUUUCCCUGGACUGUCCGGGUGAUGGGCUUUAUCUCCCUGGCUCUCUGCUCCUUCGCCAUCGCCGUCGCCCGCCCUAGAUACAAAACCAGGCCGAUAGCACAGCGCACGAGUGCGCGACCGUCGUUCCGCACCAUCAUCCACAACGCAGCACUUGGUGAGCGGACUUACUUGCUCUAUUCCGCGUCGAUAUUCUUCAACAAUGUCGGCUACUUUGAGCCCUCGUACUAUAUCCAGAGCUACGCCAUCGAUCACGGGCUGGGCGGCUAUGCUGUUGUCGGGUACUUGCUCACCAUUCUCAACGGCGCGUCCAUCUUUGGGCGGCUUGGCCCUUCCUUUGCUGCUAGGAAGUUUGGGGUCCUUCCCACCUUCAUCGCCAUCGUCUUGUUCAGUGCGGUGAGCGUCUUGUACUGGAUCAGCGCCAAAGGGUCGCUCCCGGGCAACAUCGUCUUCGCCAUCGUCUGGGGCUUCUUCUCCGGUGGAGUCGUGGCAUACGCGCCUGUUGUUCUGACCACCAUCACAGCUGACAUGAGCUCUCUGGGAACGCGGCUUGGUGUAUUGUCGAUCCUGAAGGGCGUUGGUUCGUUAGUAGGUCCGCCAAUUGCGGGCGCCAUUCGAACAGGCACGGCCAGUUAUUUGGGCGUGCAGCUGUUCACGGGUUGCGUGAUCAUGGGAUCAGCCAUCUUGGCCCUCUUGCUCCAUGUGGAAAUUAGCAGGACCGGUCAAGCGGGCAAGAAGAGAUGA